AUGCUCUUCUCUGAUGCUCUGGGCUGUGGAUGGGCCCUAGGCACCCUCGUUUACAAUGCAGGACUGCUGGUCCAGCAUGACUGUGUUAUUGAACCAGUGCCUCCUUUUGUGUCCUCUUUUGGGUCACACAAUAUAACAUUAAGAUGGAAAGCAGCAAAUAUAUCAGAUGUAAGAUACAUAAUUCAAAGUAAAUAUGUCAACAUUCCAGGAGAAUGGGAAUAUACCCAGCCUAUAACAGAAACAUCAUAUACUGUGACUAACCUGCAGCCCUACACUGAGUAUUGGUUUAGAGUAAUAUGGAUCAUUUGUCAGCUACAGUAUUAUUCUACAAACAGCCCUGUCUACAGGACACUUCCAGAUGGAGUUCCUUCAACUGCACCACAGAUCCAGAAUCUUGACAGUUUGAGCUGUGACACAAUUGAGGUCAGUUGGCUUCCACCACUUUUCCCAAAUGGACUAAUCAUUGGAUAUAACUUAUAUCUUAAUACAACGGAUGAAGCCCAAAAACACAUCUCAGCGGCUGGGAGACAGGACUUCCAGUUUUACAGAACAAAGGCAGCAACAGUCUACAGAUUUUCCAUCACUGCAGUAAAUGAGCAAGGAGAAGGACCUGCAGCAGAGGCUAAUGUUACCACUGCAGGAUCUCCAGAUCCAGAUAAUUCACAGUGGCUUUUUCUGUCCAGAAACAACAUUCUCAAAAAGAGGGAUAAUCUGAAGGAAGUUUUGCAUGAAGCUCAGUGUCUUACAGCACCUAGCAGAAUCAGCAGUGUUUCUGCUAAUGUCUACACCCAAGUGAUCUACUUUUCAGAGAAGAAUCGUAUUUGGAUAAAAGGAACUGCUAAUAUGUCAGAUAAUUCUAACCUUGGCAUUAUCCAUACUGGUUAUGAAACCAUAACCUCACUAUCUGUAGAUUGGUUAUAUAAUAAGAUGUUUUUCAUUAUGAGCAGUCAGAUAUAUAGUUGUGAUUUAUUAAACUGCACAGCUGCUCAGAAGAUCCCAUUACAGGAUGUUUUCAAGCCUAAGAAGAUUGAAGUUGAUCCAUAUAACGGGUACUUGUUCCUUCUCCUGGAUGAUGGAAUUCACAGAAUGGUCCUCCCUGAAUCUCAAAUUGAUAGUAAUGCUACAGAGCAUAUUGUAAAUAGCAUUGCCAUACUAGACUUCGUGAUCAGUGUUCAGUCCAAGAGGCUUGUUUUUCUGAACAGCUUUAGCCCUGGGAUUUUCUACCUAAUGUCUGUUUUUCUGGAUGGAAGUAAUGGUCAACGCCUUAGAGAAAUAGAAGAUGCCUCAAUAAAGGAAAUUAUAAGCUUCCUUUAUUUCAAGGACUCCUUGAUGUUCACAAAUGGAAAUAUUGUGUUUUAUGAAGAAUUCAUUUCUGAUCAAUACUGGUACAAUGAAUAUUUAGUAACUUGUGACUUGGCAGCUUCACCAUUAACAGGCUUUGAUAACAUGAAUUUGUAUGGAAAGUCUACCCAGCCUAUUCCUUUGCCUGGCAGCCCUGAGCAACUGAUGGUAGUGUUUGGUCCUCAGUCUGCUGAAGUUCUAUGGAAGCCACCAAAACUGACUGUUGGGGCCAGUGCUGCUUCUUGGCAGAGGUGGACAUACAGUGUUUCCAUAUCAUUGGACAAACUAGGGAUACAAAAGGUCUUCACUAAUAUCACUUUUACAAGGAUGGUGGUGGCCAAUCUAAACAUUUCAACCAAGUAUGAGAUAACUGUAAGGGCAUCGUCACCUGCUGGGGAUAGCCAGUGGACAACCCCUGUGGAAGGAACCACGUUAGAUGCAGUGGAAGAAGAACUCUAUUUCCUAGCAGUAGGCACUGAUGGUUUAUGGAAACAACCAUUGGAUAAGUUUGGUCCUCUAGAAGUGGUCAACAAGAACCUCAGAUUUGUGUCAGAUCUAGACUGGUACAACAGCACCCUCUACUGGAGCAAUGAGACAGGCCAUGUCCACAUGUGGAAUAUCAGUGACACUUCUGAAUUUCCCUCUUUGUCCAUACCUGGAAUUAGAAGAGCUGGACCUUUGUCAUUUGAUUGGAUUGGACAGUACAUCUACUGGGCUGACAAAGGGAUUGCUAAGAGAGAGAAGCUACACCUCUACAAUCUCAUUGUGCACUAUGACCUUUCUACACUGUGUAAACCUGUGCCAGGCUCCAGUGACACACUUCAAACCACUCGGCUCACUCUUCUCCUUACUGGGAAUGAGCUUGGAUAUGGUCCGAACUUGAGUUUGUCUGAACCCGAAAAGAAGCUAUCACUACCAGCCCAAAUCAACUGCACCUGGGGCAUGUCCCUGCCCAGCAGCUGCAGAGCAGGUGCACAGGAAGAAGGGACAAAGGGAUACAAAGGGCGCAAAGCCAAUGGACAACUGACUAACUUAGCAUACCAGAUUUUCAGAACAACUAUAAAGACUUUUCUUACUGAUGUGGUAAAUGUUGGAAGGCAUCUCGUUACUGAUGUGACAGUGGACUCGAUUAACGCUUUUCUGUACUGGACAACAGAUUAUACAGUGGAGAGCAGCAGACUGAAUGGACAGGAGCAUCUUAUCAUUCAAAAUUUAACACUAUUUUCCAGUACUCAAGUUGUGGCACUGACGUUGGACUUUAAACAUGGAUGGCUUUACUGGCUUGUAAACAAUGGACUCAUCAUAAACUUGCACAGGACAAAUAUACGAAAAGAUGGAUCUAAUGAAGCAAAAGUCACAGAAUUUGCAUCCUGGAGUGAAUCUGAGAUUUCACAGCAUGCCUUAAUGUUCUAUAGUGAUCGGCUAUUCUGGAUAAAUGGACAGAAAUACAUCACAGUGCAAGAAUUAAAUCAGAGUUCAUGUACACCAUUUUCCCAGCCUGGGCAGUUUAUAGGCUUCACACUAACUGGAAAGAACCUUAACAAACUGGCAGGGAAUUUUUCACAUACUCCUGAAGUGAUCCCUGACUUCAUUCCCAGUUCUUCAUUUGAAAUUAGUGGAAAUUAUUCACAUUUUAUAAUUUCUUGGAAAGCACCAUCAAAUAUAGAAUAUGGAACAUUGUUCUUCUGUGUGGAAUCCACAGUGCUACAUCAAAUGCUUGGAGAAAGUUCUGAAUUCUGCCAAAAUUCUGGAAAGCUUACUUAUUCAUUCUAUACUGUAGAAGGGUUGGAGCCAUACACAGAAUUUGACUUUGCUGUAACUCCUUAUACGUACUGGGGAAAAGGAAAUUCAACAUCAUUAAUUCUUCGAUCACCACAAGGAGUUCCUUCUUCACCUCAGAGUCCACGAAUAUAUUCUGUGGGAAAUUUUAACUUGACUGACAUAAAAAAUAUUGGAGUGGAAUUUAGAUGGGAUGAGCCUGAAAGGAGUAAUGGCGUUUUAAUAAAUUACAACAUUUUAUAUACAUUAGCACAGGAAAGUGAAUAUAAUGAAACAGUUGGUAUGCCGAUAACAAUUAACAUUACAGCGUCUACAAAUUCAUACAAUCUUUAUGACCUUAGUCCUGAGAUUCUACUUCGGUUUAAGGUGCAAGCUUAUACUUCUGUUGGUCCUGGGCCAUUUUCUGAUAUGGCCGAAGUGCUUAUUUCAGAUAUUCACCCUCCUCCGACUCUUAUUGGUAUCUCUUCUAACCAAAUCUCUUUCAAUGAUGUGGACAGAAAGCAGGUGCUGUGGAAUCUUACAGAGGAAAAUAUAAAGUUGGCUUCCUACAUAGCUCUUGAUGGAAGACUCUAUUUCCUGCGUAAUGAUAGGAUCUUUUUGAGGGAUACAAAAUGCAAAUCUUCAAUUCUGUUAGUAGCAGAUGAACGUUUGUCUGGCACUCGAAGCAUGACAGCAGACUGGAUUGCAAGGCAUAUAUAUGUAGUUGUACAUUCUGAGCAAAAUAAUACUGAACUCUUCUUUAUUGACCUGGAGCAUAAGGAGAAAAACCUCAAACCUGUUGGUACAUCUCAGAAAUUUUCCAACCUGGCCAUAGAUACUAUUACUGUUUACCCCCUGCUUAGCCGCUUAUACUGGAUCGAACACUGGGAAAUGGGUAGUGGCAUAUCAUAUUAUGAUAGCAUAAACGAUACCAUAGUACAUGUUUUGGGAGACUAUAUUCAGAAAGAUGUUGCCCAAGCAACUGGCUGUGAUUGCCAUAUGAAGAACUGGGAAUUGAUAACACUGAUGACUUUGGAUACAACAAAUACCAGCAGCUCACACAUAUUAUUCCUAUGGAAUGGAACAAAUAUCUGGGCCUCUGAUAUUGAUGGAUGUCAAUGUUGGAAUGUGAUUAAGAUACCUCUUAUGCCUGGUUUCACAAUUACUAGUCUGACAGUAGAUGACUAUUUUAUAUAUUGGAGUGUUAAUGUAGAUGAAAAAACAAGCAUAUAUGGAGCAAGCAAAAAAGAUCACAUGAUAACGUUGUUGCAAUUUACUCCUGAACAACAUGUUCAAGUUAUGGCAUACAGCACAUCUCUGCAACGCUUUCCAGACAAAGGAUGCCUGGUACUGGCAUCACUUACCUCUAUACCAGUUGUACUGAACUCUACCACUACAAGCCUGACUUUACAACUGCCUCCAGAAUUUCAGAAUCAGAUUGCACUUAUCCUUGGGUUACAACCUUUCUCAGAUUAUGAAAUGGAAGUCAGCGUGACAAAUUAUUACUCAUUUUUGCUUGCUGAACAGCCAAGAACCGUUCUUGUUACUGGAAAAACGGAUUAUGGCGUUCCAGAAGCAGUUUCAAUUAUAGAAGCAACAGUUUUGUCAGAUUCACUAGCUAAUAUAACUUGGGUUGAGCCAUCCAGGCCAAAUGGUCCACUUGAGUUAAUCCGAUACCAGAUCAAAGUUGACAAUUCAGCUCCAAGUCCUUCUCUACCAUUAAGGCAAAGAGAAUUACCAGAUGAAAAGCUUUUGUGGACUUUUACAAAUCUUAAAAGUGGAACUGAUCAUCAAUUUAAGGUCCUUGCAUUUCACCCAGAUGAAAACUGGUACACUGAAAGUACUGCUAUUUAUGCCAGAACGUUUAAAUCGCCUGCUCCACCACAUAACAUAAUUCCAGGGAAUACCAGUUUGGUGUUGGAAUGGACUGCUCCAGAAGAGCCCAUAGCAGAAUUCUGGUUUGAAGAAAAUAAGUUAAAAUGGUCGACCUGGUAUAAAUCUAUGGAUGUAUCCUGCACAGCCAGAUCUAUCUAUAUCUGCACAGUCACCGGACUUGUUCCCAAUACUAGUUACAACAUACGCACUGUGGUGGUUUAUACAACUGGAGCUCAAAGUGUUUCUAAUCCAGCAAACUUCAAGACUGCAGCUGGGGUCCCUAGCAAACCAGGAGUUCCACAGAUUGUCCCUGGAGAUAAAAGCACCGUCCAGUGGAACAUGGGUGAAGAUAACGGAAGUAACCUGACAUAUAAUAUGUUAGAGUAUAGGGAGGUUGUUUCUGGUGCCAAAGUAAUAGAGUCAUGGACACUGGCAUACAAUGGCUCUUGUAGUAACAUCUGCAUUUGGAAGUCUAGGAUAUUGGAUGGAACAUUCCAGUUCAGAGCAGCGUCAGCAAACCUUCUAGGGCUCGGAGAUUACAGCGACACGAGUGAAAAUAUUUUGUUACAGAAAGAGAAUGGUUCUUCCAACCAGGUUGCAAUAGUUGUUGGUUCGGUUUUAGGCAUACUUCUGGUUUUGCUUCUGGUCAUUGCCUUUGUGGUAUACCAGAAAUCCAAGCAGAAUUCUAUUGACAAGAAAGAUGACAUAAAUAAUAUUCAUGAGGAUAAAGAACUUGCUAAGCUUCGAGGAUUGUCCUAUGCUGUUGGCUUGGGAAAUGCAUGUUAUGCUGUCAGUAUUUUGCCAACAAAGAGUGAAAUGGAGAUCUUACCUAGCUUUCCUCGAGAGAAUUUAACCCUCUGUGAUUUCUUGGGAAGUGGAGCUUUUGGUGAAGUCUAUGAAGGAACUGCUAAGGAAAUUCUAGGGCCUGGGACCGGGACCAGUAAAGUAGCAGUCAAGACUCUAAAGAGCGAUGCCACAGACAACGAGAAGGUGGAUUUUUUGAAAGAGGCACACUUGAUGAGUCAGUUCCAUCAUUCUAACAUUCUGAAGCUACUUGGAGUCUGCCUCUUUAAUGAGCCUCAGUACAUUAUUCUCGAAUUAAUGGAUGGUGGCGAUCUACUAUCGUACUUAAGAGGAGCUCGACAGAAUACUUUUUAUGAGGAUCCUUUACUUUCAAGCAUGGAUCUUCUUGACAUAUCACUUGACAUUUCCAGAGGUUGUGCCUAUUUGGAGAGAUUACAUUUUGUACACAGAGACUUGGCUGCACGCAAUUGCUUGGUUUCUGUGAAAGAAUACAAUAAUCCAACAAGGGCAGUGAAGAUUGGGGAUUUUGGACUUGCUAGAGAUGUAUAUAAAAGUGACUAUUACAGAAAAAAGGGAGAAGGAUUUUUGCCUGUCCGAUGGAUGGCUCCGGAAAGUCUUAUUGAUGGGAUCUUCACUAAUCGCUCUGAUGUAUGGUCCUUUGGUGUUCUUUUGUGGGAGCUCUUUACAUUGGGUCAGCAGCCUUAUCAAGGGUAUUCAAACAUGGAGGUUUUACAUUAUGUGCGAUCUGGAAGAAGAAUGGAUCCUCCUGAUAACUGUCCUGAUGACAUUUGGGACCUGAUCCUUAAGUGUUGGAUGCAAGAUCCAGUAAAGAGACCUAGCUUUAGUCGAAUUCAUGAACAGCUUGAAGAGCUGAAAGGCUGCUCAUUAAGAUGCACUCGUCCCAAACAGAAAAGUUUGGAAGGCAUUGUUAAUCCAGGCUUUGAAGUGCCCCUGUCAACUCUUACAACUGUCAGGGACAGGCAAAAGGAAGGUUCCAUCAUCUCUGCUGCUGUCCAGGAUAUCAGAAUGGGGCUGACUCUGGUGGAUCCGACAAUCAUUUUCCUUGGCCUUUCAGAUGAAUACAUGUACAAAACGUGUUUACUUUUUCCAGAUACAAAUGUUAGCGUUCUGGGUUCAACUUCCGAAGACACUGGAUCGGUGACCCUCACAGAAGCAAGGAAUGUGGAUGGCCUCAAUUAUCUAAUGGUGACAACAUAA